GAAGGACAGACAGCACUGAGGGGAGGGGAACACACACACUCUGUCACACUCUCCCCCACCACAGCCUCUGUAGGAAGACAGAGCGGAUCUUGACGUUGAAGAUGUACGUCUGCGUGAGAGGAGCAUCCGGGCGACGGCAAUAGAUCCUAAAGCUGCAAAGGACUACAAACAAACAAACAAACAGAGAGGGAGAGAGAGAGAGAGAGAGAGAGAGAGAGAGAGAGAGAGAGGAAGAGAGAGCCAGAGGGAAAGACAGCAGCCUUUUCAGAGAGGGCCAAACAGGGUGGAAGAUUUUGGAACAUUCGCAGGUUUCUGCUUUUGCAAAGGAUCUUAUAAAGGACCUUUCUGGGGUUUUCUCCUCCUCUCUGCCUCUUGCUGUGUGCGGGGAGCUCCCACCACCUCCGCUGCUGCUGCUGCUGCUGCUGCUGCUGGUGUGAGGUUAUACUCUCCGGGCUUCCGGCGUGCACAGCACCAGAGCAUCCUGCUUGAGUGAGCCAUGAGCGAGGCGAAGAAGGGCGAGCUCGCCAUCCGGGACAAAGCCAUCCUGCACCAGCAGAGGCGUCUGAAGCAGGCCACCCAGUUCUCGCACAAGGACUCGGCCGACCUCCUGCCCCUGGACGGGCUCAAGAGACUGGGCACGUCCAAAGACCUGCAACCUCACAGCAUCGUGCAGCGUCGCCUGAUGGAGGGGAACCUCACGCGGCUCCGGGGGGAGGCCCGGGAGAUCAGCAACAGGGUCCGCUCCCCGCUGGCCGACGCCAAGGACGGACCGGCCGACGCCGAGGAGAGGAGCGAGAGCACGGCCGACGACUCCACGGAGGAGAGGGAGUCUCUGGAGGAGAGCGAGAGGAGCCUACGGUCGGACGAGGAGGACGACAGCAGCGAGGCCGGAGCCAGGCCGACGGCGGAGAAGACAGCGGGCACGGGGAGCUCCGCGCUCCUCGCAGCGCUGGUUGUUCACUGCAAGUGCUGCGAGGCUGAAGUCAAGGCAUCCAUCAACACCGGCAGCCAACACAACCACAUCUCCACCUCCUGCUGCCAGAGGCUGGGACUGGUGCCCGUCCAGGACAGCUCAUCGUGUGAGGUGAGCAGCUCAGUGACGGGUCUGCAGCUGCAGCUGGGCCGACAGAAGCUCCAGUGUUCAGCCUAUGUCAAAGAGGACGAGGCGUUUGAGCUGUGCCUCGGCCUUCAGACUCUGCUGGAGCUCAAAUGCUGCCUGGACCUGAGCAGUCGGGUCCUGAAGCUGCAGGGAUGCGGCGACGAGCUGCCCUUCCUGACCCCGUCGAUGGCGGACGGCCAGUGCCAACGCGACACCAACGAGAACCUGUGAGGCCCGACCGACUGGCGGCGAUCGCCUCCUUCGAAUCCCGACCGGUCGCAGCGACGUGGCGGGGCGACGCCGUUUUUUUAAAAAGUUGGUCGUCUGGACCAGCCGACGACGGUGUCUCGCACUGCCAGAGCACGGACGAGCAUUCGCCGCCGCCGCCGCCGCCUGCUGUUCUUGAGUUUACAUCAUUGUAUUUGUUAGAAUUAAGACUCUCACCAUGAUUAUCUCUUAUAUUGAAUUAGUGUAGUUCACGGAGCGGACGGCGGGAGAAGUUGUGAGCCGGUCCGAUUCUCUGGGAGUCUAAUCAUUCUUUAUGAUUAUACUAUGUAUUAAAAACCAUUCCUCUGUUGAGCUCAGGUGCGCUGAUGCUCUCUUAACGGGGAGAAAAAACCCCCGUCAUAGUUAUUCAAAGUGGACUUUUUUUUGUGAUUUGACUGUAAAUUUGUUUCACUUGUCAAUGUCAAUGACCAAAGUUUUAAUUGUAAACUUAAAUCAUUCAGUUAGGAUGUGGUUAAAGGAAUAGUUUGGAUACUUGGGACAUCCACGCUUGUUUGGAAUUUCAAAACUUUAUGUAUUACUUUUAGCCAACUAUUUAAACUUCACGCUCAAUACUAAAAAUAUAAUUUUUCUUUCUCUUUUUCUUUUUCUAAUCUAGUUGAGCUGCUCCACAAUCUUAAAUAAAGGAGACAUUAGGUGUUAAUUAGGGAAAUCUAGUGCAUGGUGCAGAGCCAUAUUUGCUGAAGGACGCAAGCUCAUAUUUACCGGUCAUUUAUGAAAGCGGGAUCAAUGUUCUCAGAACCAACAUGAACACGAACAAGCGUAUUAUUUCCCCAAAAUGUCAAAACUAUUCCUUUAAGAGUCGACAUUACAUCACCCAUCUAAAAAGUGGCGGUACACUCAGGAUGCUCCGAGGAAAUUUCGAAUAGUCUUGAUGUUUUUGGAAGUCUCGUAUAACUGCGCGUGAAUCAGGCUACUUCCUCUGCUCCUUACGAAACAGGAAGCGUUGCUCAUCUAGAAUUUUAAAAGAGAUGCGAGGGGAAAAAAUUCUUUGUAAUAGCCCCUUGUAUUCUUCUCUUUCCCUCUCAGAGAGACUGAUGUGGUGACAUUUUCCCGGGGCACACGUAUAGACUGAAUUGCAGUAGUUUCGAUAAAAUCCCCCUGAAAAAGAUUUCAGGCCGGCCAGCCAAAACAUACAUGAGUCACACUCAGCGACAGGAACAUGAAAACAUUCCAUCUGCAUGACUUUGUAAAGUUCUGCCUUUGUACAAGUCUGCAUGUUUGUGUACAAGUCUGAUUGUGUCACGUGGAACGGACGUCUCGAAGGGGGCUGGAUGUGUGUGUGUGUGUGUGUGUGUGUGUGUGUGAGACAGGAGUCUUUUUCUGCCUUGUUAUGUCUCCGGAUUCACAUGGAGGGAAGGGGAGAAAGACUUGAUCUUUCUUCAGCCGGUGAGAACAAGCUGCCCAAAGCACCGACCCCAGCUGCCUCUUUCAGGAGAUUCUAAUCACUCAGCUGAGGCUGCGCUUCGUGCCAAGGCCCCUCUCCGAGCUCCUCUUUUGGCCGACAUUAGUCACUUUGACGCCUCAUGUUUGCUAAAUUUGCUUCGCCACGAGAGAGCUGAAGAACGCCCCCCCCCCCCCCACACUCCACUACAGUGCCACCUGCCUCGCUCCCUCUCUCGUCUCUCGUGUUUUCAUAGUGCGGAGGGUCAAGCGCCGCCUCAGCGAAGGACAUCGUGCUCUCUGCUUUAACAACACCUGAGCCGCGCCCCUGACUCACUGUGCUUUACAGCAUCCCUCACGCCGGUCGUCCGCGCGUAGGUAUGCCGAUCGUUUGUCUGUCCGUUUUUCUCUUCUGAUGUGACCAGUGACCUUCCUAGCGCCACAUGACAGGAAUCGAUGUAUGACAGAAAAAAAUAUUUUUGGUGUCUCCCUUCUUCUGAACAGUAUUUUCUCUGCCUAAUAAAAAUGUGUAUUCUGGCUAUA